AUGGCCGACAGAACCAGCCGGGUCAAUGCUAAGCGAAAGGAGAAGAAGACAGAAGACAAAACCAAUGAUGAAAAAGGCAAAGACAAGGCCAGAAAGCAGGACAAAGUUGGCAAAAAGAUGGAGAUGACCCCUGAGCCAUGUGAGGCUACAGAGGACAAGAGGAAUGGAGAAGCUGCUGGGGCAGUAGGCGUGCAGGUGAAGAAAAGUGAUGGAGAUGGCGAGUUCGAACCAAUUGAACUGCCGCCAUUUGAGAUCAUCGCAGGAGAGCAGAUGAGCCCAUUCUACUUCAAGUUUCAGUUCAGGAACGUAGAGUACUCAUCUGGCCGGAACAAAACCCUGUUGUGCUACAGAGUGGACACGCCAGGAGGCAGUACUGAGCCUUUGAAAGGUUAUCUGGAGGAUGAACAUGCCACAGCUCAUGCUGAGGAGGCUUUCUUUCAGCAAGUGCUUCCUGACACAAACCCGUCCCAAGAAUAUGACGUCACAUGGUAUGUGACAUCCAGUCCCUGUGUGGCCUGUGCAGCCAAGCUGGCCAACAUCCUCAGACAACGCAAGAAGCUGCGUCUCUGUGUGUUCUGCUCCCGUCUCUUGGAGUGCGAGGAACCAGAGAUAGUGGAGGGGCUUAAGGCAAUGGUGACUGCAGGCUGCAAAUUGAGGAUGAUGAAGCCCUCUGACUUCCAGCAUGUUUGGGAUACAUAUGUGGAGAAGGAGGACCAGAGCUUUGCUCCCUGGGAGGACUGUCAGGAGAACUACAACUACUAUGUGGAGAAACUGGCAGACAUCCUCAAGUAA